GCUGUCCUUCCCGGCGGGGCGCGCGGCGCGGCGCGGCCAUGGCGCAGAGCCUGAAGGACCUGGCGGGGCGGCUGCCGGCCGGCCCGCGUGGCGUCGGCACCGCCCUCAAGCUGCUGCUGGGCGCCGGCGCCCUGGCCUAUGGUGUCCGCGAGUCCGUCUUCAUCGUGGAAGGCGGGCAGCGGGCCAUCUUCUUCAACCGCAUUGGCGGCGUGCAGCAGGACACUAUCCUUGCCGAGGGACUACACUUCAGGAUUCCCUGGUUCCAGUACCCCAUCAUCUAUGACAUUCGGGCCCGGCCGCGGAAAAUUUCUUCCCCCACAGGCUCCAAAGACCUGCAGAUGGUGAACAUCUCGCUGCGCGUCCUCACCCGCCCCAAUGCUGCAGAGCUGCCCAGCAUGUACCAGCGCCUGGGCCUCGACUAUGAGGAGCGGGUCCUGCCCUCCAUCGUCAACGAGGUGCUCAAGAGCGUGGUGGCCAAGUUCAACGCCUCGCAGCUCAUCACACAGAGAGCCCAGGUGUCUCUGCUCAUUAGGCGAGAACUCACAGAGAGAGCCAAGGAUUUCAGCCUCAUCCUGGAUGAUGUGGCCAUCACAGAGCUGAGUUUCAGUCGUGAAUACACAGCGGCCGUGGAGGCCAAGCAAGUGGCUCAGCAGGAGGCACAGCGUGCACAGUUCCUGGUGGAGAAGGCCAAGCAGGAGCAGAAGCAGAAGAUUGUUCAGGCUGAAGGAGAAGCUACGGCUGCUAAGAUGCUCGGUGAAGCUCUGAGCAGGAAUCCAGGCUACAUCAAACUACGUAAGAUACGAGCUGCUCAGAACAUCUCAAAAACGAUUGCUGGCUCACAAAACCGUGUGUAUCUCACAGCAGAUAACUUGGUACUGAACCUGCAGGAUGAGGGCUUUACCAGAGGAAGUGACAGUCUUCUACUCAAACAAGGGAAGAAAUGAAAGAACUGAAGCCUUCUAGAACCGCCAGCGCUGACCAGCAGAAGAUGGGAGUGAGGAGCUUGGAAUUGCCUGCACACUAGCAUUGUUUGACCUCACUUUGAAAUUGUUAAACCAGUAACCAGAUUUGGUUUCCAUGCCCCGGCUCCAUCUGUAGUGACCCAGUUGUAGGAUUGGGCUCUACCACAUCACAGCUGUAAUCCCUUCUUCACCUCACCAGUUAAAUCUGGGGAGGGAGCAAGGGGACUUACUGAUAAACUAAGCCACAUGGAUAUAGUAAUUCGCCUCUGAUCUUCAUUAAUCUUCAGAUUUCUGUGAGGUAAAAUCAGGCCUGUUUUUUUAUUUUUGGCCAGGUGAGGGAGUUCUGCUGUCAUCAGCACAGAACCCUUUUCUAGUAAAUUUGGUUUCUCUCUCUCUCUUAAUCCCAAGAGAUCCCAAUAGUGAAUUCAGGAAAAUGUCAUUCAUUGGGUGCCUGUCAACUGCUGGAAUAUCUGUCACUGUGCGCUCAGUGACUCUUUCAAACAUUUGUAAAAAUUAAAAAUCUCAAAAUUUA